AUGUCGCAACUGCAUUCCGAGGUUGAGCCGCAGGCUCAAGAUGCUCACAGCCCGCGGGAGCGCCCUCCGCCCCAGGUUCAAGAGGCCGGUAACCCACCGGAGCGCCCGCUGCCGCCGAUUCCAUCCGAGAAGGCCGUCCCAUCCAAAAAGGCCGCCUCAUCCAAAAAGGCCUCCUCAUCCAAGAAUGCCGUACCAUCCGAGAACAUCGUCUGGCACGAGUCUCAGGUGCAGAACUCGCGACAUUUCCAGCGCUUCUACCACGACCCGGCGAAAUACGCCGCCAGGAACCUACUCACGCCAGCCGAUAUGGCAACCGCUGCCCGUAUCGCGCCGUUCUAUUCGGAUCUCCAGGAGAAUGAGUUGCCGUGGCCCAAGGCCUGGGAAACGGACGCGGCCCCGCUAAAGCGCAAACUGGUACACCAUUCCUGGAAGGAGGCGUUGAAGCGGAACGGCAUAGACCCCCCUCCAGCUAGGGACGGCCCCAUUGACAAUGGUGUCGACAAGGAGGGCGGCGUCAGCGAAGAGGGCCUCUCCAACAGCGAUGCUGACCAGGCCCACGUUGUCAAACCUAACAACGGCAGCGCCUCCGGCAAAGAGGGCCCUGCUGUCAGCUACGCUGAUCAGAACCGCGUCAACUCCAACAACGCUCAGAAUAAGGACCCCUUUGAUUAUCACCUCAAGCAAAACGCCUCUCACAAUGGCAUCGCCUUCGCCAAAGAAAGCGUCACUGGCAGCUCCGCUGGCCAGAGCCGGGUCGUCAGUUCCAUCGACACCCAGAAUCACAACCGCCCUGAUUUUUCUCUCAGGCCCCAAGGACUCCUGCAUGGGGCUGACCUCGACCGCUCCCAGCAACACGUCGGCUCGAGCAAGCCAGUGUCGUACACCAGUGCACCAACCCUAGGUCCCGAGGCGGAAAAUGCAGCAGGAAGAUACGGUAGCGUCGGUGCGACGAUUCUGGCCGUGUCCGACCAAGUACCACUUGAACCUAGGCCGAGACGAGUGGAUCGAGAGCCAGCUGUUCUCGGCCUCACCGAACUCUGCAAAGAAGACGACCGGGACGCGCAGGUUCGGCGUUUCGACCGGUGGUGGAAGCAGCUAACCCCCGAGCGGCGGAAGGCGAUUUUGGAGGAAAGCAAGCAGAGCGGCGGCAAGGUUCAGUGA